GAUGAAUAUACUGAAAAAUUGAAAAUGGAUCAUAAUAGCACCUACAAUGCUGAGAAUAAUUGCAGUGUCACUAAUGUGCCAUUUCAGUACUCCCUGUAUGCCACCACCUAUAUGCUCAUAUUCAUCCCUGGUCUCCUGGCUAACAGUGCAGCCUUGUGGGUUCUGUGCCGUUUCAUCAGCAAGAAAAACAAGGCCAUCAUUUUCAUGAUCAACCUCUCCGUGGCUGACCUUGCUCACGUCCUGUCCUUACCUCUCCGGAUUUACUAUUACAUCAACCACCACUGGCCAUUCCAGAGGGCCCUUUGCCUGUUAUGUUUCUACUUGAAAUAUCUCAACAUGUACGCCAGCAUUUUCUUCCUGACGUGCAUCAGUCUUCAGAGGUGCCUUUUUCUCCUCAAGCCAUUCAGGGCCAGAAACUGGAAGCGCAGGUAUGACGUGGGCAUCAGCGCUGCCAUCUGGGUCAUCGUGGGGACUGCCUGUUUGCCAUUUCCUAUCCUGAGAAGUGCUGGCUUAGCCAACAACACUGAAGCCUGUUUUGCUGAUCUUGGUUACAAGCAAAUGAAUGCAGUGGUUUUGGUCACGAUGGUUACAGUUGCUGAGUUUGCUGGAUUUGUGAUCCCAGUGGUCAUCAUCUCAUAUUGUACCUGGAAAACCACUAGAUCUUUGAAACAGCCACCAAUGGCUUUUCAAGGGAUUAGUGAGAGGAAAAAAGCACUGGGGAUGGUUUUCAUGUGUGCUGCUGUCUUCAUCAUCUGUUUCACUCCUUAUCACAUUAAUUUCAUUUUUUACACCAUGGUAAAGGAAACUAUCAUUACCAGUUGUCCCAUUGUCAAAAGCACACUGUAUUUCCAUCCUUUUUGCCUGUGCCUAGCAAGUCUUUGCUGUCUUUUGGAUCCAAUUCUUUAUUACUUCAUGGCCUCAGAGUUUCGUGAUCAAUUAUCUCGCCACAGCAGCUCUGUGACCCGUUCUCGGCUCAUGAGCAGGGAAAGUGGUUCAUCAAUGGCUAGCUAA